CAGGUCAUCGCAUCUCCACUCCCCCCUCAAAUCUCUCUGCACUUUCUCCAUCUCUUUUUCAUUUUUUCUUUUUUCUUUUUUUGGAUCUGGACUUUCUAAAUCUCACACCGUGACACACUUAUAAAUUUGAGGACCAACUGCCCCUUUUUUCUUUUCCGAGGAACGCCCCCAAACUUGUUCUCCAUUUUUUUCUCUUUCUCCUUUCUCUCCACUAAACCAGAAGAGGCAAAAGAAAGAGAAACACACGUCAAAUUGUGAUUUCAAUCACUCUCUCUCUCUCUUACUAGAAAGGUAAAAGAAAGCCCGAUAAGAGGAGCCUUGUCGAUUCCUCGGCUGUUUCCUGAUUGGCGACUGCGAUUGGACUCGUUUUCGAUUUCAGUGAUUUGACGGUGGUGCAAUGGGAGCUGAGCGCAGGAAGAUCUCCAAGUCUUCGUGGCCGAAAGUUGUGGUGAGAAAAUGGCUGAAUAUACAGAGCGGAGGGGAAGAGUUUUACUCCGAUUCUUAUACUAUAAAAGAUAAAACUGAAAGGAGGAGGAGCUGCUCGGACCAGGACCGCUACCUCGUCGUGCCGGAAGAUUUCUCAGGGUGGUUAGUGAAGGAAAAUACUGGGCCAGGAUUCGAGCCGGAAGCAACUGUCAGAGAUACACAAAAUUUCAGGAUGUUCGUGGGGACAUGGAAUGUCGGAGGGAAAUCCCCCCACGAGGGCUUGAACUUGAGAGAUUGGCUGAGGUCCCCCACGCCAGCUGACAUCUACGUUAUUGGGUUCCAAGAAAUCGUCCCUCUUAAUGCGGGGAACGUACUGGGCGCAGAGGACAACGGCCCAGCUGCCAAGUGGCUUUCCCUGAUUCGUCAAGCACUGAACGACAAUGCCACUAGUGCAGAAGUUUCGCCACAGGCUGACCGCCAUGGGAGCUUGAAACCAAGGCUCAGCUUCUCAGAUUUGCUUUCAUUGGAAGAUGAACUUGGUAAAGAGGAUUUCCAAAACCUGGUGAACUCAAAUUUGGGUUUUAGCCAUAAUGAUGAGUGCUCGCCUACCUCAUAUGUCAAGUCUAGGAAGCAAGAUAGUGCAUCUCAUCGACGGUACUGCCUGGCGGCGAGCAAGCAGAUGGUAGGAAUCUUCCUAUGCGUGUGGGUUCGAGCGGAUCUUUGCAAACACGUCAGCAAUUUGAAGGUCUCCUGUGUGGGCAGAGGCAUUAUGGGAUAUCUUGGGAAUAAGGGCUCGAUAUCGAUCAGCAUGACACUGUACCAGACAACAUUCUGCUUUGUAUGCACCCACUUGACGUCCGGGGAGAAAGAAGGUGCCGAGAUCAGGAGAAAUUCAGAUGUUGCAGAAAUUCUAAAGAAAACAAGGUUUCUGCAUUCGUCAAGUGGUCCAGAACAGUCACUUCCUCCUGAUUCCAUAUUGGAUCAUGACAACAUUAUUUGGCUCGGGGAUUUAAAUUACCGGCUUGCGGCUGGUUGUGGAGAUACACAUGAGCUGCUAAAGAAGCAUGAUUGGCAGGCACUUUUAGAGAAGGAUCAGCUAAAGAUGGAGCAGAGGGCUGGUCGAGUAUUUAAAGGGUGGGUAGAAGGGAAGAUAUAUUUUGCUCCCACUUACAAGUACCUCGCCAAUUCUAACAAUUAUGUUGUCCAAACCUCUAAAUCUAAAGAGAAACGACGCACUCCUGCCUGGUGCGACAGGAUUUUGUGGAAAGGAGAAGGACUAAAACAAAUGUGGUACUUGAGAGGGGAGUCCAAAUUCUCAGACCACAGACCGGUGUAUUCACUAUUCUCAGUCCACGUCGACGUUGCAAACAAGAACAAUGUCGCUGCUACCACCCCAACCAUCUCGACCAAAUUCUGCACAAAUAAACUGUCAACAAAUACUCCCUUGACAUCGUCAUGUGCAGUCAAAGUCCAAGCCGAAGAAAUUCUUCUACUUACCCGGGCACAAAGCUGCCUAGACACCGCCUCCUCCAGAUUUUGAGAAUCAUAUAUCACACCUAUCAAAGCUCGUUACACUGACACCGCCUAUGUCCACCGCAUUUUAAACUGUUGGGACCGGCAUGCAUGGUGGUGAGUGAUGAUGAUGGGGCUGGCUCAAGGCCUCUGUUUCUCUCUCUGCCUUUAUUAUUAAAAGCACGUGGGUGUGGCAGGGUGAAAUUUUGACACGUAGAUGAUUAAGGGGAAAAAAUUGUAAAUAAUAGGAGUGAGGAACAUGAUGAUGAUCAUUGAUCAGAUGGUUGAUGGAAGAAUCCGAGGAGUGAGUCUGAAGCAAAAAGGGAAUGCAAAUGAAUGGGGGAAGUGGCUGUGCAUCUCUGGACUCUUAGCCAUGCGUGUUUAUAUUUUUUAAACUUGAGCUUUUGCUUUUAAAGUCUAUUUGGUUGAGUGGUCUUAGAGAAUAGAGUUCAGUUACAGCUUUUGCAGAAGAAUGGGGGGAGGGGGGGCCAUUUAUUUGUUCAUUUGUUUCUGUGGGAGAGAGGAGGCAGAUAGGGAGAAUAGAUCAAACUAGAACUGUACAGUACAAAAAUGGGAUGGUUUUUUCUGUCUGCAGAAUUUCCUAAAUGAUGAAAUUUAUAUCUAACAUUCCAAAUCUA